UUACAUAUCCGUUCCUAACCCAUUGAACGAAGUUCAGUCUCCAAGAUUUCGAGAAAGAGAUUCCUAAAACCCUAAUCUUCCAAAACCCUACAAUCUCUCAUGGCGUCGUCGUUAAUUCGCCUCCGCCGAACCCUCAGAGCACUCUCCGGCGUCACCCAGUCCAUUUCUGCCACGCAUGCGCCGUCGUUUUCCGCCCCUAUCAGGUGCGCCGUUUCAUGGAAUUGCCACUCUCUGAAGGGGGUAGUUCAGUCCCGUUCUUUCAGGGCAUCUUCAACUUCUCUCCUCUCCGUUAGAUCCUCGCAGAACAACAUCCCCGACGAGAUAGGUCCCGAUACCAUUCUCUUCGAGGGCUGCGACUACAACCACUGGCUCUUCGUCAUGGACUUCCCCAGAGACAACAAACCCCCUCCUGAAGAAAUGGUUCGUGUUUACGAGGAAACUUGUGCCAAAGGCCUCAACAUCAGUUUGGAAGAAGCGAAGAAGAAGAUAUAUGCGUGCAGCACAACAACUUACACAGGCUUUCAGGCAGUCAUGACCGAAGAAGAGUCUAAAAAAUUUGAAGGUCUUCCUGGAGUCAUCUUUGUGCUACCAGAUUCCUAUAUUGAUCCAGUGAACAAGCAGUACGGGGGAGAUCAGUACAUUAAUGGAACCAUUAUCCCCCGACCUCCACCAGUACAGUAUGGGAGAAAUCAGGGAAGACGAGACCGGAAUAGGAGUCCUGGUCAGUACAACCGACAAGAGAAUCCAGUGCCAAGCUAUCAAGGGAAUCCCAACUAUGCGCCUCCACAAAAUUAUCCAUCACAGCAGUAUCCGCCUCGACAGAACUCUGGCCAAGCAUCACAAAACUAUCCACCCCAACAAAACUUUGGCCAAGCAUCACAAAACUAUCCGCCCCAACAGAACUUUGGCCAAGCAUCACAAAACUAUCCACCCCAACAGAACUUUGGCCAAGCAUCACAAAACUAUCCACCCCAACAGAACUUUGGNUGGCCAAGCAUCACAAAACUAUCCACCCCAACAGAACUUUGGCCAAGCAUCACAAAACUAUCCACCCCAACAGAACUUUGGCCAAGCAUCACAAAGUUAUCCACCCCAACAGAAUUAUGGCCAAGCAUCUCAGAAUUAUUCACCAGAACAGAAAUAUGGUCAGACAUCACAGAACUAUCCUUCUUCCCAACAAAAUUAUGGCCAAGCAUCUCAAAAUUAUCCACCACAACAGAAAUAUGGCCAGACAUCACAAAACCAUCCUCCCCAACAAAAUCAUGGCCAAGCAUCACCCAAUUUACCCCCACAGCAGAACUAUGGUCGGGCAUCACCUGAUUUUCCACCCCAACAGAACUAUGGUCUGGCAUCCCAAAAUUAUCCCCCCCAACAGACCUUUGAUCAAGCACCGCAGAAUUAUCCACAAUAUGCUCAGCAGCAGGGCUUUGGACCUCCAGGAGGACAAGGGGAAAGGAGUUAUAUGCCACAG